CCCUCUCUUCCUCCUUCUGCCCCAGGGGACCAGCUCUAGCCCAGUGGCCCUCCGCCUACUUUCCUGUCUAAGAUGGCGUCCCCCAAGGCAGCUCAGGCCGGGAAACUUCUACGGGCUGCGUGGGUACUCCGACCGUGCCUCCCCUUGGGCCAGUCCCAGGGCAUUCAGUUGAUCUCCAGAAGAUGGCUGAACCUACAGGAAUACCAGAGUAAAAAGUUGAUGUCUGACAAUGGAGUGAAAGUACAAAGAUUCUUCGUGGCUGACACAGCCAAUGAUGCUCUGGAGGCUGCUAAGAGACUAAAUGCAAAAGAAAUUGUUCUAAAGGCUCAGAUAUUAGCUGGAGGGAGAGGAAAAGGCACUUUCAAUAGUGGAUUGAAAGGAGGAGUUCAUUUAACCAAAGAUCCUAAAGUUGUGGGACAGCUGGCUCAACAGAUGAUUGGUUAUAAUCUGGCAACAAAGCAGACAUCAAAAGAUGGCGUGAAAGUCAAUAAGGUGAUGGUUGCUGAAGCCCUGGAUAUUUCUAGAGAAACCUACCUGGCUAUUUUGAUGGACAGAUCCUGUAAUGGCCCAGUGCUGGUUGGCAGCCCUCAAGGAGGGGUUGACAUUGAAGAGGUAGCAGCCACUACUCCAGAAUUAAUUUUUAAGGAGGAAAUUGAUAUAUUUGAAGGACUAAAGGAUAGCCAGGCACAGAAAAUGGCAGAAAAUUUAGGCUUCCACGGUGCCCUGAAAACUCAGGCUGCAGAUCAAAUUAAGAAGCUGUAUAAUCUCUUCCUGAAAAUUGAUGCUACUCAGGUUGAAGUGAAUCCCUUUGGUGAAACUCCAGAAGGACAAGUUGUGUGUUUUGAUGCCAAGAUAAACUUUGACGACAAUGCAGAAUUUAGACAAAAAGACAUAUUUGCCAUGGAUGACAAAUCAGAAAAUGAGCCCAUUGAAAAUGAAGCUGCCAAAUAUGACUUGAAGUACAUUGGCCUGGAUGGAAACAUUGCCUGCUUUGUGAAUGGUGCUGGGCUUGCCAUGGCAACCUGCGACAUCAUCUCUCUUAAUGGUGGGAAACCAGCCAAUUUCCUUGAUCUUGGAGGUGGAGUAAAGGAGGCCCAAGUGUAUCAAGCAUUUAAACUGCUCACUGCUGAUCCUAAGGUCGAAGCCAUCCUGGUCAAUAUUUUUGGUGGAAUUGUAAACUGUGCUAUCAUUGCCAAUGGCAUUACCCGAGCCUGCCGAGAGCUGGAACUAAAGAUACCCCUAGUGGUGAGGCUUGAAGGGACCAAUGUUCAAGAAGCUCAGAAUAUCUUGAAUAACAGUGGACUUCCCAUUACAUCUGCCAAUGACUUAGAAGAUGCUGCUAAGAAGGCUGUGGCCUCCGUUGCACCAAAGUGAUAUUUUUUUUUUUUCCCUUCUGGUCCUUGAGGAAAAGAAAUGAGUCACAAAAAAGUGACCUACUUCAUUGAAUUUAAGAAACCAGUUUGGGUUAUUAUUGAAUGGAUACCAUUCAAAAAGAGAAGUGACAAAAUAAUGUUUAUAAAUCUUAAAUUGAUAAUUUUUGGAUAGGAAAUUCUGGCAGCUUAAAUACUUUCAAUUUUACAUAGAAUUUUUCUUUGCAAUAAUGAGCUACAUUAUUUUCUCCUUUGUUUCCCAAGAAGUGAGCAGUAUUUCACUUACUAGCCAGAACCAUCCAUAUGGAAAAAGAUGAAAGAUGUGGUAAAUAAUUUGAAUUUGAUCCAAACUCACUUCAGAGAUAAUUAGUCCAGUAAAAUAAACAAAAUUUACUGACUUUAGAGCCUUUCUUUAUCAAAUACCAAUAUGGUCCUGUUUUGAGUAGAAAUCUCAGUCAUGCUUAUUAACAAAAGGGCAGAGUUAAAAUAUACAAAUUCAUCUUUCUUCCAUUUUAGAGCGUUUUUCAAGGCAAAAUUGAUAAUUUCCAUGCAUGUUAUGUAGUCAAAGAUAUUUUCAUCCUUACUUUUUUCUCAUGGAAAAAACACACUGAUAUCACACAUAUAGUGUGUUAUUUGCCUUAACAUGAAUUGAGCUAUAUACCUCAUCAUAGCAAGAAAACCUGUAGCCUUAAGGUCACUCAGUUUUCAUAUGAAAAAUAAGAAUGUCUUAUUUUGGUUAAAAAUUAUUUUGUUAAUUGUUUUCCAAGAAUGAUUGGAUGAUAGAUCAUGUCAAUUUGUAUGUAAUUUACAAAUGUCCUUAUCUUACAAUGAAAUAAAGAAGCAAUGCAGACUGUACUUUUUCUCAUAGUUCCGUCCAUUUAUAUGGGGAGGGAUUUGAAUUGGGGAUUUGUUGAAAUUUUUUACCUAUUUCCAAAUUUAAAUAAAAGCUUUUGUUUUAUGAA